GCGGUAAGCAACACUUGUUGUCGCAGUUUCAAAAUGUUUGUGUCCAACAUAAUCAAAGUGGUUUUCGUCCUAGCGAUUGUGGAAUCCGCUGUAUGGGCCAAAUCGACGGAGAAUUUGGGAAAAUAUUCGAUACACGCAUACUGUGUACCGAAAAAUUCGCUCGACUACCUCAGACCGUUGUCCACGGCUCCAAUGCCACAACUUACCACUUUGCCCCGCAUCGAUAUCGACAAAUUAAGCGCAUUUUUGAACCAUCUGGGCCACUUUGGAAUCUUAACACAGGAAAAUGGCAAACCGUUGUAUAUUGUCAAGCCCAAGCCGAAGGCCGCGACGCUACAACUUAAAUCCGACUGUGUCGAAGGUGAAAGUAUGUUUUUGUUCGCAAUUAAACCCAGUGAUUAGUCCGGACAUUUUCGAACGGGAUUGACAAUGGACUAUGACAAACCCAGAGGAUUUCAUUCCUUUUAG